CGGAGCAGAGCACUCCAAUCCCGUCCCGCUUCCGCGGCGCUCUCAGAACCGGAAAUAAAAUGCGCGGAGAAAAUAGGCCAAUCGGAAAACGAACCUUGCCUCCUCGGGCGGGAUGGAUCGGAGGCUGCCCUGGAAGCCAACCAGACGCCAAAGCUAGAAAGGGGUGGACCCUGGCUCCGCAUAGGUUUCGCUGCCGCCGCUGCUGCCACUAUCGCUGUCACUGUCGCUGCUGCCACUAUCGCUGUCACUGGCGCUGCUGCCUCUGUCCAGCUGAAAUGACCGUGGGGAGGCCAGCUGAAAUGACCGUGGGGAGGCCAGCUGAAAUGACCGUGGGGAGGCCUGAGAGAGCCCCCGGAGGCGCGGAGGGGAGCCGUCAGAUAUUUCCCCCUGAGUCCUUCCCAGACACAGAGGCAGGAGAGGAGCUGUCCGGGGAUGGGCUGGUUUUGCCCAGGGCCAGCAAACUUGACGAGUUCCUCAGCCCAGAGGAGGAGAUAGAUUCUACUUCUGACUCAACUGGGAGCGUUUACCAGACCUUACAGGAACUGAAGCAGAAAGGCAGAUGGUGUCUGUUGGAGUCUGUCUUUCAGUCUGACCCAGAGAGUGAUGAAAACCUCUCUGAAGAUGAGGAGGACCUGGAGAGUUUGUUCCAAGACAAGGACAGGGGGAUGGUGCAGGUCCAGUGCCCCCGGGCUCUGAGGUGUGGCUCCACAAGGCGCUGCAGCUCACUGAACAACCUUCCCUCCAACAUUCCCAGGCCUCAGACCCAGCCAUCCUCAGGCUCCCGGCCUCCCUCCCAGCACAGAAGCGUCAGCUCCUGGGCAUCAUCCAUUACUGUCCCUCAGCCAUUCCGCAUGACGCUGCGCGAGGCCCGGAAGAAGGCCGAGUGGCUGGGCUCACCUGCCUCCUUUGAGCAGGUGAGGCAGCGGGCCCAGAGGCAGGGCGAGGAAGAGGCCGAGUGCCACAGGCAGUUCCGGGCACAGCCUGUGCCUGCACAUGUCUACCUGCCCCUCUACCAAGAGAUCAUGGAGCGCAGCGAGGCCCGAAGGCAGGCAGGGAUCCAGAAGAGGAAGGAACUACUCCUCUCUUCUUUGAAGCCCUUCAGCUUCCUGGAGAAGGAGGAGCAGCUAAAGGAAGCUGCUCGACAGAGAGACUUGGCUGCCACAGCUGAAGCCAAGAUCUCCAAGCAGAAGGCCACCAGAAGGAUUCCCAAGUCCAUUCUGGAGCCAGCCCUUGGGGAUAAACUCCAGGAAGCUGAGCUCUUCAGGAAAAUUCGCAUCCAAAUGAGAGCCCUGGACAUGCUCCAGAUGGCCUCUUCCCCUAUCGCCUCCUCUAGUAACCGGGCUAACCCACAGCCCCGCACAGCCACCCGAACCCAGCAGGAAAAGCUUGGGUUUCUGCACACUAACUUCGGAUUCCAGCCUCGGGUGAAUCCUGUGGUCCCUGACUAUGAGGGCCUUUACAAGGCCUUCCAGAGAAGAGCAGCCAAAAGAAGAGAAACCCAAGAGGCCACUCGCAACAAGCCCUUCUUGCUGAGGACCGCCAACCUGCGCCACCCUCAGCGGCCCUGUGAUGCUGCCACCACCGGAAGGAGGCAGGAUUCCCCACAGCCACCAGCUACACCCCUGCCAAGGAGUCGUUCUCUGAGCGGCCUUGCUUCCCUCUCUGCCAACACUCUCCCUGUGCACAUCACAGAUGCCACCAGGAAGAGGGAAUCUGCAGUCAGAAGUGCACUUGAAAAAAAGAACAAAGCAGAUGAGGGUAUUCAGUGGCUGGAGAUACACAAAAAGAAGUCUCAAGCAAUGUCCAAAUCUGUGACCUUGCGUGCAAAAGCCAUGGAUCCCCAUAAAAGCCUGGAGGAAGUGUUCAAAGCAAAGCUGAAAGAGAACCGGAACAAUGACCGUAAAAGAGCGAAAGAAUAUAAGAAAGAACUGGAAGAAAUGAAGAAGCGAAUACAAACAAGGCCCUAUCUCUUUGAACAAGUUGCCAAGGAUCUAGCCAAGAAAGCAGCAGAACAAUGGUAUCUAGACACCCUGAAGCAGGCUGGGCUGGAGGAAGACUUUGUGAGAAACAAGGGUCAAGGCACCCGGGCUGUUGAAGAGAAGGAGACCAAAGUCAAGGAUUUUCCCAGGUUCCAAGAAACUACAAAACUCAGCAUCAGAGAUCCAGAGCAGGGUUUAGAAGGAUCUCUAGAACAGCCUGCAAGCCCCAGGAAAGUACUGGAGGAGCUGUCUCAUCAGUCACCAGAAAAUCUCGUAUCACUUGCUUAAUCACUACACUUAAAAUUACUGCUUUUGAAAAAUAUUAAGCAGCUAACUUGGGUUUGAGUCAAGGCAGGGAAAACUUGGGUUUUGAGUCAUGGCUACUGUUAGAGGAUAGAGAAAUGAAGAGUAGCAGAUUAAUAGGCCGGGCGCAGUGGCUCACGCCUGUAAUCCCAACACUUUGGGAGGCUGAGGCACGCGGAUCAUCUGAGGUCAGGAGUUUGAGACCAGUCCAGCCAACAUGGCAAAACUCCACCUCUACUAAAAAUACAAAAAUUAGCUGGGCGUGAUGACACGUGCCUGUAAUCCUAGCUACUUGGGAAGCUGAGGCAGGAGAAUCACUUGAACCCAAGAGGCAGAGGUUGUAAUGAGCUGAGAUCACUCCACAGCACUCCAGCCUGGGCAGCAGAGCAAAACUCUGUCAAGAAAAAAAAAGAGCAGCAGAUAACAGAGAAUAGUUCAAGGAAAUCAAAGUGGGGAGGCUCAGGUGGAGGGAUGGUAGCCUAAAGUUAAGGGUUCCUGCUUUGUGCCACACACUUAGAGAAUUAGGUACAGAAAAGAGAGCACAGGCCCAAAUGCCUAUAAGGGGCUAGUGCAGAAACAUAAAUGCGUCCAUGGAGUGGGUGUAGACAGUAGGAGAUAGUAGACACUGGAAAGUAUCAUCAAAUCCUGCUGGAAUAUAGGCUCAGAGUUACUACAUCAACUACAUUUUCAUCAAGCCAGAAAUUUGUAUGCUAUCAACUAAUUUAAAAAUUACUUAGAAAUACUGUAUGGGCAAAAUAAAAUACAUCUGCAUAUCAGAUCUAGCCCAUGGGGGAUGAAAAACUUACAACUUCUAGUACAGGAUUUCUUAUCCUCAGUGCUAUUAAUAUUUUGGGCCACCUAAUUCUUUGUUGAGGGUUGGGGAAGGGAACUGUCCUGUACAUUGUAGAAUGUUUAGUAGCAUCCCUGGCCACUACCUGCUAGAUGCCAGUAGUACCCCUCUCCCCAGUUGUGACAACCAAAAAUGUCUCCAGAUAUUGCAUAUCCCCAGGGGGCAAAAAUGUCCCUGGCUGAGAACCACUGCUCUAAUAUAAAUGGCUGCAUGAAGCAAAAAUUGGCAUUCUAAGAAUACAAGUAAUUGCCAUGAACACAGUCUAUGUACUAUGUGAUUAUGCAUGUCAUUAACAAAUUAAGAAUUUAAAACAAUUCUCUCCCGUUAUCUGUUUAGAAUGUGCCUGUGUGUUUAUGUGAACAUGAGGUUCAUUUUAAGUAAACUUAAAAUUUCCCAGACAACCAAGAUUUUCUACUAGUAGGUGAACUUUGGAAUAAUUUUCUUCUCACCAAUAAUAAUUGGAUAUUCUGGCUCGGUGCAGUGGUUCAUGCUUGUAAUCCCAGCACUUUGAGGGGCCAAGGCAGGAGGAUCGCUUGAAGCCAGGCGUUCAAGACCAGCCUGGGCAACAUAGACCUCAUUUCUACCAAAAAAAAACACAAAAAGUUAGCUGGACUGGUGGUACAUGCCUAUAGUCCUAGCUAUUCAGGAGGCUGAGGUGGGAGGAUGCCUUGAGCCUAGGAGUUCAAGGUUACAUUGAGCUAUGAUUACACUACUGCACUCCAGCCUGGGUGAAAGAGCAAGACCCCAUCUCAAAUCAUAAUGAUGAUGAGUGGAUAUUUUCUCAGUAGCUGUGGAGACAGGAUGAUUGAUAGCAAGAGUGCCUGCUCUAACUAAAGCACCUUUCUCAAGCUUUUUUAGAAAAACUAUCUUUGUGGAAAAAUUCAAAAGUAUCUGUUUUUAUUGCCAUUUUCUCAGAUGUGUCUUUUUUGGUGGUGACAGAGUAAUAAUCCAGUAACUAUCACCUGGGCUUAAGAAAUGAAGAUGUUCUUGUUGUUUCCCAAGACUCCUCGGUUCAGUUUUACUGGUAUGGAAUCCUAAGGGUAAAUCAGUACACUAUUUUAAAAGGAAAGAUUAAAUUCUUAAUCUCUAAGAAAACAAAUUUUGUAUAAAACAAGAGCCAAAGAACUGACUGGGCUGUUUUGUUUAUUUAAAGGAAAACCUGAAUCUCUGCAUCAUGUAAUUUUUAACUUUAAAAAAACAAAAACAUGAAAUCCCUCUUAACAUGCUACUGUAUGUUCCAUUAACGAAGAAAGCAAAGUGACCAAGUAGAAGUGUAUAGGACAAGAUAGUACCUCAGCCUGGGCCAAGGGGAGAUUCAAGUAAUUUAUUUUUUUGCAGCCCAGUGGCAGAGAGUCUCUUACUCAGGUUGCUAAAGGGAGAAUGUAACAAGAGAAUUGACAUCACUCCCUUCUUCAAAGCAACAAGGCAUCUUGAAAACUCAACUUCCUGGUGAAGCUCUGUUGUUGGUAGCAGGAAUUAUUUCAUCCAUGUGAAAAGACAGCUGAGUCUGGGAUGAAAACUCUUCAAAGGAACACCUCCCCUCAACAGUCAGAAUGAAGAACUUCAGCCAACACAUAAUCAAAUUCACUUUUGGUCUAUCCCAGAAAUUUGCAGUGGGAAGAGAGGUAGGUACAGUUUCCCAGCCCACAGUCAUUGCUUCAUUCCUUGUCUGAUCAGAUGGUAGUUAGAAAAGAAGCUCUCCUACAUCCAUCUUCUAUACCAGGAAAAAGGAAGAGUGGCAAAAGCAGAGUCUUGUGCCUUCAAAGAUUCAUUCUGGUUCUGUUGUGGGCUAAGGCAUCCUGUUCCCAGUAUACGCAUUUUGAGAUCAGAUAGAGUUGCUCUUCCAGGAGUCAGCACCCACGCUCAUGUCCGUCUUUCAGUUAAAUCUCCUUGGUUUAGUAACUGUAAAAGAUUGAAAGCAAAUCUAGAAUAGGUUACAGUUGAAUUAUAGAAAAAAUAAUUCAUAGUAAAAAGGAUUAAGAGUGGAGGAUGGAGAAUGCACUACAGGGGUGAAUGAAGGCUAUCUACUUCCAAAGCAAACACAUGCACGGACUGAUAGAUGUCACUGUGGCCUUGGGACAGCACUUUAGCCAUGUCAUAAGGCUGGCAUUUUAACUCUGGCAAUCAAAUAUUCUGAGUCUAUAAGCCAAACUAUUGUUUGUGUAGUUACCUACUCAUCAGUCAGUGACAGAGGAAUCUCUAUCUUACAGGGAAAACAGAAAUGGUGGAACCAAAAUCUUAUACGUGUCAGCCAAAAGAUAGGCUGAAGGCUCAAGUAGGAGAAGGAAAUAGGAAGAGGAGCUGUUCCUUUAUAAGUACUAUAUGAGAACUGAAACCCACUCAUAAAAGAUCUAGGGGUUCCUUGGGCUUAAAAGAAUGAUAAGCCUAAGGGACUCCUGCAUAAUGGCAACUACCACUAACAUUCUACUCUAUACACAAGGCUCUAUUCAAAGGAGUUUUGAAAUAAUGAAAUUGGCUUCCAUUUUAAUAUAAAAACAAAAUGAG